CCUAGUUUGACGUUAUCUUCUAUGUUGCUACCUGCUACGUCUUUGGUGGGCAUGUAAUGUCCCUGUUGACAUCGUAUUUUCUAUUAAAUGCUGCUUAUUCAGCUGCCUUGUAACAAGCCGAGUUUUCUGCCACUGCUCUCAGGCAAUUUAUUUGGAGGGAACAGCUAAAUAAAAGCUCCGCACUGAGCUGCUGUGUAGCUAACUGCUAGCUAACAGCAAGGUAACUAGGUAAAUCCAGCUACAAGAAAAACUGUUCGACAUCCACAAAAUGAACAAAACAGUGAGUGUGAAUGAUUCUCCAUUAGCUAUAUGUUCAUGAUGACUUUUUGUAAUAACUGCAGCUUUCUCGACUGCUGAAUAUUUACACCAUAUGAGGCUCAUGGAGUGUUUCGGAGAGCUUGUUUUAAGCGCCCUUUAAGUAUAUUUCUGGUGAGAGUAUCAUGGGUUUGUUGUCCAAUUUGACUAUAGCUGUCCUCCUCGCAUUUGCUUUUUCAACAUGUUCGUGCAACAACCACUCGCUUAACCAUGAAACCAGACUGGUUAGGUCAGUCCAAGCUAAGCACAAUGAGAUCACAGCACAUGAAAGGCGUGUUAAUGAUAAUGAAGCCAAACCACAGAACUAUUCAGUGGAGUCAAGGGGAAUCCACCCUGAAAGCUCCCAAGAGACUGAUAUUUACAGAGAUAAUAAAUGCACCAUGGCCCUUGAAAGCCGUUUUGACUGUGCCAGGGACCGGGUUGUCAGUCAGAGAGAGUGUGAGGAGAGGGGAUGCUGCUAUUCUCCUCUUCCUGACUCUGCAGGACCACCUUGGUGCUUCUACCCCAGUUUAUACCCUAGUUAUGAAAUGGGUCCCCUCACUCCCACCACACGAGGCCAGUCUGCCACCUUGACUCGUGCCAACCCCUCCUAUCUGCCCAGAGAUAUCUCCACUCUAAGCCUUGAAGUCAUUGAGGAGACUGCAGGCUGUUUGCACAUCACUUUGAAGGACCUAACAUCUCAGCGAUAUGAAGUCAAACUCCCAGCUGGUGUUCCUCAGGGCAGAGCUGAUACGCAUGAUACCCUCUACACCACUGAGUACCAGUCUGACCCAUUUGGCUUUACAGUGCGACGUAAAUCCAAUGGAAAUGUUAUUAUGAACACCACUGUGGCUCCUCUGCUGUUUGCUGACCAGUACCUGCAGCUGUCCACCACACUGGCCUCUUCCCUUGUGUCUGGCCUUGGGGAGCAUUACACCUCCCUAGUCCUGGACCUUAACUGGACUUCUCUGACUCUCUGGAACAGAGACAUGGCACCUCAUGUUAGUCUACUACAGUGGUUCUGCAGCCUGAGGGCUGGUGCUAACCUCUAUGGCUCUCACCCAAUCUACAUAGUACAGGAGGAGGACGGCUUGGCACAUGGAGUUUUCCUUCUCAACAGCAAUGCAAUUGAGGUGAUGUUGCAGCCAACCCCUGCUCUCACCUGGGUGUCCACUGGAGGAAUCUUGGACCUGUAUAUUUUCUUGGGUCCUGACCCUCAAAGUGUUAUACGACAGUACCUCCAGGUCAUUGGCUAUCCCAUGAUGCCUUCCUAUUGGUCACUGGGCUUUCAUCUGUGUCGCUGGGGUUACACGACCACAAAUACAACUCGCAAAGUUGCCCAACGUAUGCAUGGUGCCAACUUUCCAUUGGAUGUGCAGUGGAAUGAUCUGGAUUAUGCAGAUAAAGGCAGGGUUUUCACUUUUGACCCUUGGCGAUUUGGGGACCUCCCAGAGAUGGUGGAGGAGUUCCAUAAGAGAGGCAUGAAGUACAUCCUUAUUCUGGACCCAGGGAUCAGCAGCUCCAGCCCCCCUGGAACUUACCCUCCCUUUGAUGAUGGACUGAAACGAGAUGUCUUCAUUAAAAAUGCUACAGGACACAUCUUGAUUGGGAAGGUUUGGCCUGGUCCAACAGCCUUCCCUGACUUCACCAACCCAGAGACCAGACAGUGGUGGGAAGAAUGUAUCAGAGACUUUCAUUCUAAAGUGCCUGUGGAUGGCCUGUGGAUUGAUAUGAAUGAACCAGCCAGUUUUGUCCAGGGCUCAGUGGAGGGAUGUCCUGACAGUGAUCUUGAGAACCCUCCCUACACGCCCAGGGUUGUUGGAGGCCAGUUGAACUCAGGAACUCUUUGUAUGUCAGCACAGCAGAGGCUGUCCACUCACUACAACCUGCACAAUAUCUACGGACUGACAGAAGCAUAUGCCACUAACAGAGCUCUUACGAAGAUACGAGGGAAGAGACCUUUCGUCCUGUCUCGCUCCUCUUACCCUGGUAUCGGACGCUUCUCCGGAGUGUGGACAGGUGAUGUCAGGAGUGACUGGGAGCAGCUUCGAUACUCUAUCCCUGCGGUGCUGCAGUUCAGUCUUUUCGGGGUGGCUCUGGCGGGGGCGGACAUCUGUGGCUUUGGAGGCAACACCACUGAGGAGCUGUGUGUUCGAUGGAUGCAGCUUGGUGCCUUUUACCCAUUUAUGAGGAACCACAAUGAGAAGCACAAUGCUCCUCAGGAGCCCUAUGUAUUUGGGCAGAAGGCCCAGGAAGCCAUGCGGAGUGCAUUGAACCUGCGUUACUCCCUUCUCCCGUUCCUCUACACACUCUUUCAUCAUGCACACACCUCUGCUAACACUGUGGCCAGACCUCUCUUCGUGGAAUUUCCCUCUGACCCUAACUGUCAGACCAUAGACCGGCAGUUCCUUUGGGGGAGUUCACUUCUCAUUAGCCCAGUUUUAGAACAAGGGGCCGUAGAGCUGGCUGCCUACUUGCCCCCCGGCACUUGGUACAGCCUGCACAAUGGUCAACCUUUCUACAGUAAGGGUCAGUACCUGCUCCUGCCAGCCCCUCUGGACACCAUCAACGUCCAUGUGAGGGAGGGGCACAUUAUCCCCCAGCAGGAGCCUGCUUUGACAACCACAGCCUCACGCGGAAACCCUUUCUUCCUGACAGUGGCACUGUCAGCAGGCGGCUGGGCCUGGGGUGACUUGUUCUGGGAUGACGGGGACAGUCUUGACACCUACGAAAUGGGAAAUUAUUGUUAUGUCAUCUUCACCGCUGGACAGUCUCAGAUUGUGAGUGAUCCUCUGAGGCUGAAUGGGGCUCUGGAUGGUUUGGUGCUGGGAGGGCUGCAGGUGUUUGGGGUACCCUCUCCACCUCUCUAUGUAUUGGCCAAUGGGGAGAAAAUCAGGGAUUACAUGUACCGCAGUGACACCAAGGUUUUGACAGUGACCAACCUGGCCUUGCCCAUGUCAAACGUAUUUACUGUCCAAUGGGCCCUCUGAUGUACUGAACGCUGUUAUCCAUGUUCCUUCAGGAGCCUUAGCAUUCUGCACAGCUGCUGAAAAGGCCAGCUGCAUUUUUCUGCACUGACAACUGAUUUCCUUGAACCCAGUAUGGACCUUACAUUUGCUCUGUCUCAUAUUCCAAAUUGUCAGCCUCUGCAAGCAGGUUUCUAUACAUGUGGUGAUAUCAGACGACGUGAGCCAUCAUCUUGAUUUCAGUGCAAUUUUUGCUGCUAACUGCUUUACUGAAUCAAGACAGUUUAAUGCCCUGUAACUGUAUAUAGUUUUUAUAGUUCUUUGUAUUUUUUGAAAUCAUUGUAUUGCUUUGUUCCUGAAGUGUUGCCAAUAAAAUAAAAGUGUAAAAUCA